AUGCCGGUCGGAAUCACGGCACAGCGAGGAAGAGGAGGAUAUGAGGUGCGCAAUCAGCCCAAAACUCAGCAGGACGGUCUUCAACAGCAUGGCAAAAUUCGAGGAGCCGCGGCCAAGAAGCAGUCGAAAUUGGGCCUAGAAGUGUCCAAAGAUGAGAACUUCUCAGAAUGGUAUUCGCAGGUUAUCACAAAAGCAGAAAUGAUCGAUUACUACGAUGUUUCCGGAUGUUAUGUGGUACGCGAAUGGGCGUACGCAAUUUGGGAAUACAUCGAGCAAUGGUUUGAUGCUGAAAUCAAGAAAUUAGGCGUUAAAAACUGCUAUUUUCCAAUGUUUGUUUCGCAAGCUGCGCUGGAACGCGAGAAAACCCAUAUUGCUGAUUUUGCACCUGAGGUGAGCCAUUGA